AUGGAUUACUUCCGGCAGGAUAGCAUGGGCAUUUGCACGCGAUCACCGACGGCAAAGUUCUUCACCAAGAUAGACAGCAAGCUCGAUUUGCCGGUCCGCGCAACCCUUGCUACAUUCAUCUUCGUUUGCCUAUGCGGCCUCCUCUAUCUGGCGUCCACCACCGCAUUUAACUCGAUAGUAAACUCUUCAGUGCUCUUCCUGAAUAUAACCUACGUUGUUCCACAGGCUAUUCUUAUCUUCCGAAGACGAUGCACAGCCCUACCGCCUCGAUACCUCAACCUUGGACGGUUUGGGUAUUUCUGCAAUAUUUUCUCUGUCUUGUGGAUUGUUGUUUUGGGCGUUUUCGUUUGCUUGUCUCCGACAGUGCCUCUUGAUGUCAAUGUUAUGGGCUAUAGUAGUAUUGUCCUUGUUGGGUUGCUUGCAACUGUCAUUCUUUUGUCGUAUGUGAUGGGUAGAAAGUCAUUUGAGGGUCCUACUAUUAUCGACUAG